AUGGCGGGAGGAGGCGGCGGGCUGGCUGGAGUGUCGCGCGGCUCCGGCGAGCGGCGAGAAGCCGGCAGCGCGGACGAGCCGCGGACCGAGCCGGAGUUGGAGCGCGCGGCAGGCGGCGGGCGGGCGGGCGGGCGGGAGCGCGGCGCUCCGGGGCCGGGGCCGGGGCCGGGGGCGGGGGCGGGGGCGCUGCGCGGGGUCUGCGCGCGGCGGGGGCUGCGGAGGAGCCCGAGCGCCCGGCGGUGCGGGGACGUGCGGCAGCGGCGAGACCGAGCCGCGUCGCGUGCGAGGCAAAGCCGUCCUUAUACUGACACCAAAUGUCUUCGGGGAAAGCUGCAGGCGCGGGACGCUGGAGGGGGGAGGCGUGGAGGCGACAGACAGACUGACGGCGACGGCUGGUUCUUCCCACCCUUCAAGGCUUGGCUGAAAAGCCACCUCCUCCAGGAAGGCUUCCAAGAGGGCUCCCAAGUGGAACAGAUGCCUCUCUCCAACUGCAAAUGCCCCAGCCUUGCCAAUUCCCCUGGGCAGCCCAGGCCACAGGAGCCUGAGGGGUCAGGAACCUCAGCUCAGCUCUCCCACCCCCACUUCAUCUUCUUGGAGGUUAAGUUCGAAGGCUGGACGGGACCCUGAGAAGCCACCAGACGGUGAGUUCUCAGGACUGGGGCUUUUCAGUCACAGUCUCCCAAAGUGACUGCUCAGCUGCCCCCACCCCAGCUGCAUACCUGGAGUGACAUAAAUCUCACCAUCUCGUGGGGCAGCUCCUUUGUUCUCUGUGCAUCUCUGAUCAUUCAAGUUCUGUUUCAGAUUUAAGGAGAAAUUUGUGCCCCCCUCCAUGAUCCAAGUCCCUUUCCUGUCCCGACAGGACUAGCAACCCCUCCCAGCCUCCUUCAAGCAUCCACACUGGCAGGAAGUCCUGCUUUAUGUCCAACCUAAAUGCUUUAUGCUUCAACUAAAACCUUCAUUGUCCAGUCCUUCACUCUUCUGCCCACCCCACCGCUCGUCACUGGGAUGGGCUCUGUGGACAUGCAGGGCGCACAUAGACUAAAGGUCAUGGAAGGACUGUUGACGAGGGGCGACCCUCAAAGCUGCUGGUGAACGGGAGUGCAAUUCCAGGCCUCCGCAAGAAGCAAGGCUGUGGCCGUCUCUCCUGGAGGCCCUCGCUGGCUGCAGGAGCUUCAUUUAUUCAUUAUUGCUAUUUAUAUUGGGCCUGGUAUUUGCAGAAGGCUGCAGCAGCCGUGCACACUCAUUAGGCCCCACCGUGCCCUGGGAGCGGGAGCCUGCCAGGGCCCUGCCAGGAGGUAGGUGUGAUGGGCCCCAGCCCGGAGUCCCCUAGUGCACCCACCUGACAGCUGGGCCAGGCUCCCUAUCCCCUCCCCCAGGGACAAGACCCAAUCCUUGUUGGACCCUCACUCCCUAUUCCAGCAGCUGCUGGGCUUCUCUGCCCGUCCCCGAGGAGAACUUUCUAGCAAUUGUAGCGGCUGGAAGGGUAGGGAACACCUGUCAAUGGGCAUAAGCAAGCUGGGACUAAAGGAAGCUGGGGCAGGAUUCCUGCCCUAGGACAUGAGAUAGGUCCCUUCCAGGCCUAAAGAUCCAAAGAGUACAGAGACAGAGAUUCCAGUAUCCUCAGAAUCCACACGGAUUUAUUUCUCAAACACUUACAAAGCACUUUUCUGUGCCAGGCCCUGGUCUAAGCCCUUGACAAAUAUUAUUAACGCGCUUAAUCCUUUCCGCAGUCUUGUAAAUUGUCACUACUAUUUUACAGAUGAGGAACCAGUGGCAGAGAGAAGUUAGGUGACUUGCUCAAGGUCACACAGCUAAUAAAUGGCAGAGCUGGUAUUUGAAUUCAGGGGACCAGGCUCCAGAGUCUGUGCUCUUAACGAGGAUUCUGGAUUCUAAGAUUCAAAAACUCUGAGGCUUCCCUGGUGACGCAGUGGUUAAGAAUCCGCCUGCCGAUGCAGGAGACACGGGUUCGAGCCCUGGUCCAGGAAGAUUCCCACAUGCCACGGAGCAACUAAGCCCGUGUGCCACAACUACUGAGCCUGCGCUCUAGAGCCAGUGAGCCACAACUACUUAGCCCACGUGCCACAACUACUGAAGCCCGCGCGCCUAGAGCCCGUGCUCUGCAACAAGAGAAGCCACCGCAAUGAGAAGCCCGUGCACCGCAACGAAGAGUAGCCCCCGCUCACCACAGCUAGAGAAAGCCCGCAUGCAGCAACGAAGACCCAAC